AUUCGACAUUUAUUAGUGAAAAUCAUUGUAAAAAAGCGCCAAAAUUGUGAACAACUAUUUCUAAACAAUACACAAAAUUAAUAAAUAUAUUAAUAAUUAACAAAAUAAACAAUAAUCUAUAAUUAAAUUCAAUUACAAUGGAUCAAUAUCCAGAUGAAAAUGAAGAGUUUGAAUUACAAUAUCAAGAUGAAUUGGAAUUAAUGGAUGAUUUCCCGCCCGAAGAACAAAAUGAUUACCGUCCUGCUGUGGCGGUCAACAGUACCCAAAUAAAACCGGGCCUUAGUCAAGUUACCCUAAAUUCUCCACAAUUGUCGCAAAUCAGUUUCAAUGGUGAUGAUACGCAAAUUUCCACACUGGCUGGACCAGUUAAUCGGCGUUUGUUUGGUACCCCCAAACAGUCGCAUACACGAGGAGCCUCUACCCCCUUAGUGGCUAAAAGUAAAAUGCCUCCUAUACAAGAAGUAAUCGAUAUCGAUGAUAUGGGACCCUCCACCGCCAAUAAAGCUUUAGAAGAGUUAGAAAGAGCCACCCUGAAACGCAAACGCUUGGAAAGAGAUCUAUUUGGUAAUAUUGAUGAUAUUUUUGGCAAUGAAACCUAUGAAGAUCCAGAAGCUAAAAAAGCACGCACGGAAGAGGAAAGAGAUUUGGAAAUUAUUGAGAAAAUUUUAGAAACCCGCAAAAAACUACAAGAGCAGAGUAAGGCAGUGCGUAAAGACAACUUAUCACGUUUGGAAGCUUUGCAUGCUUUCAAAAUGAGAAAUCUUUCUUAUACCAUACCCCAGUGGCCAUUUAUGCCCCUUAGACGUAGUGAUGAUGAAAGAGUGUAUGUUAGAUUUCAUUCUGAAGAUUAUGAAACAAAAGCUAUAAAUGAAAUAACAGCAGCACCCACCAUAGGCAGCCUUUUGGGUGAAAACAAACAGAAGAUAUGGGAUGAAGCCAACGAAUUAAUACUGAAAAGAGCUAAUUCUAAAGCAAAGGAAACACAAGAAGUCAUAGUUGUUGAACCCACCUCGGAUAAAGAUACACGUUUAUGGGUAGAGAAAUAUAAACCGCGCAAAUAUAUAGAUCUUUUAUCUGAUGAAAUGACCAAUAGAAGUUUAUUAUAUUGGUUGAAAAUGUGGGAUAAGGUGGUAUUUGGCAAAGAAUUCAAAGCCUUGCAAGCUAAUGCUAAUAAUAACGGUGAACUUAAUACCUUUAAUAAACGUACUGGCAAAUUUGAAUCUACGGGUGGUUGGCGUCCACGUAAAUCUAAACAAUUUCUUAAUACAAAUGUUGAUGAAAUGGGCCGGCCCAUGCAAAAAGUGGCCUUAUUGUGUGGCCCUCCAGGUCUGGGUAAAACUACUCUAGCUCAUACCAUAGCACGACAUGCAGGCUAUAAUGUACGCGAAAUUAAUGCCUCCGAUGAUCGCAGUCCAGAGGCUUUUAAAAUGGCUUUAGAAAAUGGUACACAAAUGACCUCAGUAAUGAAUGAAUCGAAAAAACCUAACUGUAUUAUAUUGGAUGAAAUUGAUGGUGCUCCUCGUCAGUCUAUAGAGUUUCUGGUUAAAUUUGUUACGGAUAGUGUACAGAGUAAGGCGAAAGCGAAAGGUGGCAAGGCAACACAUAAUAUUUUAAAACGUCCUAUUAUAUGUAUUUGUAAUGAUGUUUAUGAUCCCGCUUUGAGACCUUUAAGACAGAUAGCUUUUGUGGUAACUUUUCCGCCUAUAGAUUCCGCACGUCUGGCCGAACGUUUAGUGCAGGUGGCACAAACUGAACGUUUAAAGACGGACUUUGGAACACUGAUAUCUUUGGCGGAAAAAUCUGGCAAUGAUGUACGCUGUUGUAUAUCAACCAUGCAGUUUUUUAGCGCCCAAAAGAAUGCUUUAAAACUGCAAGAUGUUUUAAAUAACAAUCUGGGACAAAAAGAUCGUCAUCAAGGUUUAUUUGAUGUUUGGGGUUCAAUAUUCAGAAUACAACGUCCUAAAAAACAAUUAACAGAGGCACGCGGUGAGGAAGAAGCUCAAGUAACAAUGACAGAUAUGUCUAUAAGUACAAGAGUACGUCAUACCCUAGAUGUAGUACAUUCUGGAGGAGAUUAUGGAAGAUUAAUGCAGGGUGUUUAUGAAAAUUAUUUACAACAAAAAAUGCCUGAUCCCGAUUUAAAUGGUGUAGUAGAGGCUACUCAAUGGUUUUGUUUCUCGGAUAUGGUACAACAGCAAAUAAAUCAUUUACAAAAUUAUACUGUAUAUCCAUAUUUACAAUAUGGUUUCGUUAUAUGGCAUUUGUUAUUUGCUUCUUUGGCUUGGCCUAAAAUAAAUUUCCCCACUAAAGGAUAUGAGUUUCAACAGAAAUUGACUACACAAAAGAAUAUAUUUCAAGCUUUACGUAAAUCGUUUACUGCCAGCACAGUGGGCAUAGGCCAGGGUAGUGCAGUGUUAUUGGAAACAGUACCUUUAUUAAAGUAUAUAUUAUCGCCACAAUUAAGAUCGGUGGCCAUACAAUUAUUAUCACAAAAAGAACAAGCCGACUUAAAGCAUUGUGUAGAAAUAAUGGUAGAUUUGGGCAUAACUUAUACACAAGUUAAAUCAGCCGAUGGUCCCUAUAUCUUUCGCAUGGAACCUGAUAUAGAUACUAUCAUGCAAUUUCCUAAUUUUCCGGGAGUAUCACUCUCUUACUUUGGCCGUCAACUAGUAUCUCGUGAGGUAGAAUUAGAACGCAUACAUCGUUCAACACCAAAAAUCAUAGGACCCGCUAAAUCAGCCGCUGCAGCAAAACCUUCAAUAAAAACUACAUCUCCCACUAAUUUACCCAAUCAUUUGCAACGUCUUAAACCAAAACGUAUUGAAACUUCUGCAAAAUCCAAGGCAAAUACUGAAGUGGUCUCUAAGGAUUUCUUUGGUCGUAUACAGCGUAAAAGCGCUGCACAAACAUUGGCAGAGGAAUCUAAAUCUGAUCCAAUUGUUAAAAGUCCCAUUUGGUAUCGUUACAAGGAGGGUUUCAAUAAUGCUGUACGCAAAGAUAUUCAUAUGAAUGAAUUAUUGUAACAGCUUAUACGUACAUUAAUAUAGUUAGUUUUACUCUUCUUUAAAUAUAAAAUAUUAUAUUAGUUUUAUAUGUAUUUAUGUAAUUAAAAUGUUUUAAUAAAAAGUUUUUUAUAAUUAUU